AUGUGGCAAUCAAUCGUCCUCGAAACCUCGGUGAUGUUCCCGCAUCAUCGCACUGAAGAGUGCCGAGAAGAGACGUCUGCUACUAGUGGUGCGGCAGACGCGGUUACAUCCGAUCCUAGCGAAGAUUCCACUACCGAAGAGGAGAAGAAGGUCAAGGCGGCCCGUCAAGUGGAAUUCUACUUUGCGGACUCGAAUCUACCUUUCGACAAGUUCAUGUGGACCCUUCACACUGCAAACGCAGAACAUUGGGUGCCCAUCGCGACCGUCGCGUCGUUCAAACGCAUGCGCGAGUACAAGGACAUGGGUCUCCCAUGGGUCGUUGACUCACUGCGCGCCAGCACGGAGCUCGAGGUCGAUGAAGCCGGCGUCAAUGUGCGUCGACGCACAGAAGUGCGUGAGCCGAAGGGACAGUUCGAGCGCAGCGUGUACGCGAAAGGUUUCGGGAAAGAGGACUCUGAAAUCCAGAGGAAGCUUGAGCAAUUUUUUGAACAAUACGGCCGGGUCAACGCCGUACGCAUGCGGCGCGUGGAGGGGACGAAGGAAUUCAAGGGCUCCGUCUUCGCAGAAUUCUCUGACUUCAAAUCGGUCGCCGCCUUCCUCAACGCCGAACCCAAACCGACAUGGGGCGGAGAACCUCUCCUCACGAUGAGCAAAGAGGACUAUGUCGACAUGAAAAUCAAAGAAAAGGGCUUGACCGGCAAAUCUGCCGCGGCCCGUCGGGACGAUUCCUCAAACCGCAAGGGUUUCAACGCGUUCCGCGAGAUGCGGCUUGCGAAUGGUAAAGGGAAGGAUGGAAAGAAGGGGGAGGACAAAGAGGUCUGGUUGCAGUUUAUGGGAAACAAAAUUAGAGUCUUAGAGGAAGACGGGGGAUCGGUCAAAGGGGAAGACGUCCCGCGUACCAAGGGCGCGACUCUCAAGUUCUCAGGCUGCGGCGGCGAGGCAUCGUUUGAUGACAUCAAGAAACCGCUCAAAGAGCGCUUUUCUCGCGCACCCUUCGUGAAGUAUACUCGCGGCGAGGACUCCGGGCUCGUCGGGUUCGACAAAAGUCUCUCAGAUGAAGAGAUUGCGUUUGUCCGAGAUUCAGUCAAAACACUGAAUGGGAAACCCGUGACGUGGACCGUGGCGGAAGAGGAUGAAGAACGCACGUUUGAGGUUGAGCGCGCCAUCUCGGCGGCAAAACAGGUCCUCAGGAACGCGUCUUCCCCUUUGCGGGGACGGGGACGGGGUGGAGCCGGCGACCGCGGUCGCGGUGGCCGUGGUGGCCGUGGUGGUCGUGGUAGCCGUGGCGGUCGCGGCGGUCGUGGUGGAAAUGGUGCACGCGGAGGACGAAAUGGAGAGAAAAAGAGUGAUGCUGCAGCUGAGGGAGGAGCUGCUGGUACAGGCGACGAGCAGACGGGUGAGAAGAGGAAGCGCGCAGUCGAGCCUGACGGCGCGCAUGAUACUGGCGUACGUGGCCAGAGCGUGCCGUCUAUUGUCAGUGCACCGAAAAAGGCAAAGGUCGAUGGCGACUCAUGAAAUUCGUUCAAAACACGCACGAUACUCGACGCGAGCUGCUUCACCAUAUGUUGUGCGUGUUAGUGUCCUGGAGAUGAUCUAUCUAGACUUGUACGUGUUGUUCCAGGUGCCAAGCGUCUGGUGACCAAUUCCAAGAUGGAGCUGCCCAAGAUUCUACGGACAUAGUUGGCUUGAUUAUCUCACGGCAGAUGUGACCGAAUAUGAGCUCGUAUUCCUAU